AUGGAGAUCCCAACGGCGCUCUGCGGAAGGGAUGAGGUGCUGCCGAUGCUGCGCCGUCGGGCGGAAAUUCGGGCUAAAGGCGCACGGCCUUUCCUGGCGGCCUUGUGCCGCGAAGUCCAGAGCGUCCUGCCACUGGCAACAGGUCCGCAGGCCUUGAGCUUGCGGCGCGUGGCACGGCAGGCGGAAUGGCAGGCGCAGAACUAUAGCUUCGAUGUCAACAAUGACCUGAUCCUCCUCACGGAAGGCUGCGAGCUGGAGCGGGACGCCGAAGUGACCGAGCUCCUCGAGUCCCUGGAGACUCAGUCGAAGGAGGCUGCGGCAUUCUGCAUGAUUUUCCGCGACGUGCAGGACCGUCUGAAGAAGGAGCUGCAGUGCAUGCAUGUCGCCCCAGCACCUGCUGCCCUGCAGCCGCCACGUGGUGGCCCGACUGAGCUCGUGGCCGAGCAAACUCCGGCAAGACUGACACAAGCUUCACUGCCGGGGUUGCUUGCGCCUGGGAGCCCAUGCAAGGCAUCCAAGCUCGGGGCGUUGCAGGCUGACAUCUCCGUGCCCACCAUCUCCUACAGUCAGGCCUUCCGUCACGACAUCGUUGAGAGCGAAACAGUGCCGAUCAAAAAUUGGGACAGCCCGCUCGAGCUGCCGCUCCCAGGCCAGCUCUUCCCGGAAGAGCCAAUGGUUUCGGCGCGGAGCACGCAGGGCGAGGCCGAGACUGCCUCCGAGGGCACUGCAGAGCUUGCGGAACUGGAGGUGCCAUCCGCGGCUGCGCAGGAGGCCUCGGGGGCAAUCUCCACCGGAGGAUGCGAGGAGGACGAGGAGGAGGAGGAGGCCGUAACCCCAAGCUGCGCCUCAGACCACGGCUCUGUGGAGUCCUUCCGUUCUGCUCCCGAGGUCGCAGAGGACGAUGGACCGGACAAGCCGCUACUCUUGAUGGAGCUGGGAAGCCAAUCGUACGAGCUCAUUUGUUCGGCUCUGCCCUGCAAAGAGCUCUAUGCCCUGCGCGUGGUGUACUCUUUGCAGCUUCAAGCCUAA